UUGGCUUGUGAAGGUUUUUCUUUCGGCGAUUUUACGUAUGAGUGCUUUUUACACAGUAAAAUAAAUUCUUAACAUGAAGGUGAACCUCAGUAAAAUCGAAUUAUACUUGAUUUGAUUUGAUCCUACCUGUAAAUCGAACAUCAUGCCGCCGGUUAACUCCAAAAGCAAGACCAAAGGUGGCGCAGAGUAUGAGAAUAUUGUGGUGAACAAAUGCACAGCCCUGGACUUCGAAAGAUACAUCCAAGAAAAUAAAACCUUAUUGAUGAAUGAUCCUCUAAGGGACAUUCUUUUAUAUCCACCUGAUGAUGUAUCUAGUGUAGUUCUACCAAGGCGUUGGAGGACGGUCACCACUGCAGUGCCAGAUGUACGAACAGCCGCUACCUGCCCACUGUUGACUCGUCAAGCGCUGCUAAGCUAUGCAUCUAGUUGGAACCUCAUACAUUACAAAUAUAGCAGCUAUUCCGGCACUUAUCUCAACUUGCCUAGGCCUUUAGCCCUGAAAUUGCCAGAAGAAGUAUACGACAUCGACACCGAGACUGAAAGCGACCAUGAAGCUCAAGCAGCGAAGGUGGACAUCGGAACCAAAGAGGGCUACCUGCUCAAAGGCCCCGAGAUCGGCUCAGAUAGGAUAUUCAGCAAUCUCGCCUCGAAAUCGUUUAAGAAACGAUAUUGCUCAAUGGUCAGAGAAGCGGACGGCACUUAUAUUCUCGAAGUGUAUAAAGACGAGAAGAAAACUGAUACGAAGCUCACCGUUGUUAUGGAUUUCUGCUCAGAUGUUGUGAGGAAUCCUAAGCGCGGGAGAUUUUGCUUUGAGUUGCGUAUGGCCGGCGGCAAAGGCUACACAUUUGCAACUGAAAAUGAGGAGGAGAUGAAUGGUUGGAUAAAUGCCUUCAAUGCUGCUUUAAAGAAGACUCAAGACAGCGAAGAAAACAACCAAAAUGACGAGAUUUUAGAUAAAGACGCAGACGUGUCCUUAACAGCGGAACCUCCUCCCCCCACGUAUGGAACCCUGAAGGGUCUCGAACACAGCAUGAAUCCCCUGCUGUUGCGGUAUUCCCGGGAAACCGAUAUGUCCAUAGCCGCGGCUCGCAACGAGUAUCGCUCCAAUAUAUUUAGCAUGCCAUACAAGCGGGCGCCCUCCCCUGAACCUCAGUUAGAACCAUUCAAAGAACACUUCGGCCAAAGAAUUUUGCUCAAAUGCGAAAGCUUAAAGUUUAGGUUACAAGCGCCAAUAGAUGGCGAUAAAGAGCUAUUGUGCCAGGUGGAACCCUACUAUACCUAUCUCGCUCUCUACGACGCGAGGAGUGGCAGAAAACUGACAGAAAACUUCCACUUUGACCUCAACCACGCCGCUGUGAAGGAUCUAGUCAACGAUACGGAGUGCACGAAGUCAUUAGUAGAGAAUUUUAGCUACGACGUUAAGUUAGAUGUUAAACAAAUACCGGAGGAGUGGUUCAAAUCCAAAAAGCAGGCAAUCCUCUCAGUGAACAACCCUCACCCAGACUUAUUCCUAGUAGUGAAGAUCGACAAGAUUCUUCAAGGGCACGUAAGCCAAGUGCUGGAGCCCUACCAGAAAGCCACCAAGGAUCCGCGGCUAGGGCUCAAGGUGCACAAGACAGUGCAAGCGUACGCCAACCGCGUAGGGACUUAUAGGAUGCCGUUCGCGUGGACUGCUAAACCUUUGUUUAGACUAUACAGCAAUGACUUGGACACAACACCAGAAUUCUCCGCCAUUUACCGGCAAGAACCAAACAAAAUGUCUGACGAGGAUCUUGUAAAGAUUCUCUCAGAUUUCCGAAAGCCAGAGAAACUGGCAAAACUGACUGUGAUACCUGGAUGGCUCAGUAUUAACAUACAGCAGAGUAACGAAUUAGUCCCAAAUUGCAUGACGAGCGCGUACGCAGCAUUGAAACCGUUUCCCCUGCCGCCCGCGUCUCCCCUCACCGUUGAACUGGCAACACUGAACGUGGAGCCAGAACAACCGUAUGCGGCCUUCGUACACCACUUGUACGUCAGACCUUUGGCCCUCAACUUUGAGUCCCAGAAAGUGUUUGUACGAGCCAGGAACAUCGCAUGCUCUAUUGAACUGAGAGAUAGCGAUACGGGGGACAAUAAACCUUUACAGGUGGUAUACGGUCGCACGGGCAUGACGUCACAGUACCGCUGUUCAGUGUUGCACCACAACGCGAACCCGACGUGGUGCGACGAGGCCAAGAUCCGCCUGCCCGCCACCCUCACUUCACAGCACCACUUGCUUUUCACGUUCCACCACAUAUCUUGCGAUAUCGCGAAGAAGAACGACGCUAAUGUCGAAACGUGCAUCGGGUAUGCAUGGGUGCCACUAUUGAAAAACGAUAAGCUCGUAGAGGAACAAAUAAACUUGCCAAUAGCGACGCAUCUGCCCUCCGGAUACCUAUCUAUUCAACCCCUAGGACUUGGAAAAGGGAAUACAGGCCCAGAAGUGGUGUGGGUGGAAGGUGAAAAGCAGCUAUUCCGUUGCCAACUGGUCCUCGACUCGACUGUAGCCACGCGCGACAUGCACCUCCACAACUUGUUCAGCCAAGCAGAACGCCUGAUAAAGUCCAACUCUCCCCCCACGUCCCCUUCGCCCCCGCCGUGGAAUGACGUAGUUAACGCGCUGAAAGCUGCACACGCGAUCAAACUAAGUUCCCUGAUCGCAUUCUUGCCGACGAUAAUGAAUCAGCUUUUCGAGUUGAUGACGGUUGAAAAAAGUUACAACCAAGAUAUGGGCUACCAAAUUGUCAAGCUCAUUGUUCACUUCGUGCACAUGAUCCAUGAUUAUGGACGAAAGGAUCUCCUGGAUAGCUAUGUAAAGUAUGUUUUCAACUGCGUGGAGUUCAAAUUACACACAGUGUUAACGGCACCACUACACAUGUUCGUGGAUCCGAAUCAACAAGAUUUUUUGUUGGGACACAAGUUUAUGCAAUACUCUUCGUUUUUCUUCGACAUCGUCAUCAAGAGCAUGGCUCAGUACUUGAUCAAUACUGGCCGAAUUAAGAUGUCAAGACAUGAAAGGUUUCACGCAGACUUGUUGGAGAACAUAGACAAAUUGAUGACUGUGGUUGAACCAUCGUACAUCUUGCAACAGCCAAUGCAAACUCACAUAUUUAACAAAAACCUUGCCAUGUUUCUUAAGUCUUGCCUAUCAUUUAUGGACCGAGGUUUUGUGUUUCGACAAAUCAAGAAAUAUUUGGAUAAGUUCAAAGCGUGCGACCCCAAAGCGUUGUUUGACUUCAAGUUUACGUUUUUGCAAACGAUUUGCACGCACGAACACUUCGUGCCGUUCAAUUUGCCGCUACAGGCCAACUUACGGGCCAAAGACUGUGAUGACGAUCCUGCGAAGCUAAAGCUAACGGAUGAUUUCAUAAUGCGAUAUUUUCUUGCCGGAACAUUGCUCAAACAAGUAGAACAAUCUCUAAGAGAAGCGCCUCAAAAGCGGCGUACGGCGUUAGGAGUGCUCCGCGCUUUGCUGACCAAACACGAACACGACGACCGGUAUCGGUCGGCGCAGUGCCGCGCGCGGAUCGCUCACCUCUAUGCCCCUUGGCUCACGAUAGUACUGGAUAACGCCCACCGCCUAGUGACCAAAUCCCUCGCCAGUCCAAUACUUGAGAACGGCCACGACAAAGUGGACGGUGACGCAACCGCCGCGCCCGCCAUCAAGACUGAAACCAAGGACGUGACGUCAGCAAACAGCACUCCGCGCCGAAACAGGCUCACGCUACACUUCGACCACACGCCCGUAAGGAACUCCGCACAUUUCAAGGAACCGCCUGUGAUUCAAAGCGGCGUCAUGUAUUUAAAAGAUCACACAAACAAUGUGUCGCAAAGCUCGCUAGAGUCCGUCUCAACCAUGUCUGGUGGCGACUCGUUGCCAAGAAACUUCGGGCGGCUCGACUUGGGCGAAAUUGGCGAUCAAGUCAAUCGAUUCGGUGUGAUGUCCGCUGAGGAGGUGCGCGAUGUGCUUUUGUGUUUCCUGUUUGUGUUGAAGUACUUGGACGAGGACAGACUCGUCGAGUGGUGGAGGACACACUCGCAAGCGCAGCAGCAGUCCUUCUUUAACGUUCUAGAGAUAUGUGCCGAGCAAUUCCAGUACGUAGGCAGAAAGAAGAUCCUAUCAGAGCUGAAGGCGACCACACCAGACUGCAACGGCAAGCCGAAACCCGUGAAAGCUCGUACCUUGCCCGCUAGGAUGAGCCCCCCAGAUUUCUCCAAGGAACCCCCGAUAGCAGUGGAAAAUAAAAACAACACAGUUAACAGAGAGAAUCUGGUCACCAAUACUGUGACAACAGAGCUGGAAGCAAUAGCAGAGCACACGAUUCUGUCAGCUGGUUGCCUAGCAACAGAAGUGGGUCUCACCAUCAUCGACCGAGCCUGUCUUUUCAUGAAGAACCUGGGCGCCGCAGACGGAGUUGCAGCGAAGCCAUAUUUGAAACUUCUGCACUACCCGCAAAGCGAGUCGUUGUAUAAACAUAUCUUUGCUGCUCUCAGAGCGUAUAUCAAUCAGUUCUCUGAAACGCUUUUUGAAGGUGGCAGCACCUUAUGCGCAGGAGUGGUAAGCGCAGUAGUGAAACUGUGCGAAGCGCGCGCAGCGUGGCUACGGCGAGAAGCGGCCGCUGCCCUGUACUUGCUGAUGCGAGCUAACUUCCAACACGGAUCUGGGGGAAAUCUUACAAGAGUGCAUUUACAGGUUAUUAUCGCCGUCUCCAAAUUGUUAGACAGUUCUACUGCUCUGAAUUGCAAAAGGUUCCAAGAAUCUCUCUCCGUUAUCAACUGUUUUGCUACUGGCGACAAAGCUAUGAAGGGAACUGGUUUAUCCAGCGAAGUGGCGGAGCUGAUGCGUCGCGUGCGCACCGUGGUAGGAGCGAGAGCGCGAUUGGCCGGCGUGGGCGGCACUGGUGCGGCGGGUGCGGGCAGCGUCCAUUUGGCGGAGUUGCAACACGCGCUAGCAGCUUCGUGUCGGGCAACACCGCGCCUGAGGCACGCGUGGCUGGCAACACUGGCCGAGCACAAUGCACGCCAUGGAGAUCACGACGAGGCUAUGUGCUGCCAACUCCACAUUGCCGCUCUCAUCGCCGAGUACCUAAAACAACGCGGAACUCAAACGUGGGGCGCGGACGAGUUCGCAGAGAUCUCCAUGAACAUCCCCCGAGACGAAACCGCCCUCAAAAUAGACGAAGGAAUGACAGACGUCCAUUACAAUGAGCAGGCACUCCUGGAUCAGCUGAUGAUAUGCACGGAGUACGUAGACAAGGCUGAGAGAUACGAACUCCUCGGGCCUUUGUACCGGCUUAUCAUCCCAAUCUACGAGCGAAGGAAAGAUUACCAGGCGCUGCUCGCUUGCUACCAGCAUCUCACGAAAGCCUAUGCCAAAGUUAUAGAAGUAACAAACUCUGGAAAACGACUGCUGGGCAGGUUUUAUCGAGUUGCGUUCUUUGGAAAAGCCCACUUUGGGGAAGACGAAGAAGGCGUAGAGUUUAUUUACAAAGAGCCAAAGGUCACGUCUCUCAGUGAGAUCUCGGAGAAAUUGCAGACGUUCUAUGAGGAGAAGUUUGGCCCUGGACAUGUCAAGAUGAUAAUGGAUUCUGCUCCAGUAAACCGUGAAGAGCUAGAUAGCAAGCUAGCAUACAUCCAAGUGACGUGGGUGCGGACGGCGCCCGAAGGAGUGGCGGUGGCUAGUUCUGGCUGCGAAGGUUCCUUCGAGCGAGGCCACAACGUGCGACGAUUUGUCUUCGAGACGCCGUUCACCAGAGAUGGCGCUGCUAGGGGCCCGGUCCAUCACCAGCGGUUGAGGCUGACGCAUCUUACUGGUGAGAUUCAUAUUCAAAAACGUGCAAGUAACGUAGGAGUAAGGGUGGCCAGUUAUGGCUCGAAGAACAAGCGAGGCCACAACGUUCGACGGUUUGUCUUCGAGACGCCAUUCACGAGAGAUGGCGCUGCUAGGGGCCCGUAUGUAGAUCCAAGUGACGUAGGAGUGACGGUGACCAGUUCUGGCUACGAGGGGUCCUUCGAGCGAAGUCAAAACGUGCGCCGAUUUGUCUUCGAGACGCCGUUCACGAGAGAUGGCGCUGCUAGGGGCCCGGUGCAUCACCAGCGGUUGCGGCUGACGCAUCUUACUGCUAUAUUUAUAUUCAAGUAUGUAGAUCCAAGUGACGUAGGAGUGACGGUGACCAGUUCUGGCUACGAAGGCACCUUCGAGCGAGGCCACAACGUGCGACGGUUUGUCUUUGAGACGCCUUUCACGGGAGAUGGCGCUACUAGGGGCCCGGUGCAUCACCAGCGGUUGAGGUUGACGCAUCUUACUGCGGAAAAUUGGUUCCCCUACGUGAAGCGUCGUGUGCCAGUAAUCGAGACGCAAGUUGAAGAGAAGAGUCCGAUAGAGGUCGCUGUGGCCGAAAUGGAGAGCCAAGUGGCUGAGCUCACAGAGAUCGUCAAUGCUAAGGCGCCAGAUAUCAAGAAAUUACAACUUAGAUUGCAAGGAAGUAUCUGCGUGCAAGUGAAUGCGGGCCCUCAAGCGUACGCCAACGCGUUCUUAGAUCCCACUCUUGCGCAAAUGUACCCCGACGAACUCGUCGACAAACUGAAGACUACCUUCAAGGAAUUCCUCACCAUAUGCCAUUCAGCCCUCCAAUUGAACGCCAAGCUCAUCAGCUCGGAUCAAGUGACGUAUCACGAAGCGCUGGAGGCUAACUACUACAAGUUGAGUGACUCUUUGUCCAGCGUGUUAGGACAACCGUUACACGAUAUACUUGUGAACGGAAGUCUAAGCACCACAGUCACCGGAGUUGAACUAGAGUCUAGCAACGCAUAGACAAGACCAGAGACAAAAAUACGCGGGCACAUUGACUGAAGUGACAGGUAAAAUAUGCGUGCGCGCAUUAGAAAAUGUAUUGUGGGGACGCAAUCUCGUGUAGUUGUCCAUAUUAAUUGUGCAUAAAUGAAGCGUACAACGAAUUGGCUAUGCAUUUUCUAAAUUAUUUAAUAAACGCUUCGAGUAGAUGCACAGGAGACAACACAACAUUAUGUAAAAAAAUACCCUUGACAAGAAAGAAAGCACGAUAAUUAGAAAGAGAUAAUUGAUAUGAACGUUUAAUUCUGUUUCGUUUUGCUUCGGUCUUUCUUAACAUACUUAUUUUGCUUGUCGCAAUCGUUCCAGCAUGGAUCGUUAUGCGUAUAAAUAGAGAAACGUUUUAUACGGAGAACAUUAGUCAAUACCUUUAGCUGAUUAAAAAAACUUAACUAUUUCGUCUCAAAUUCUGUCUAGUAAAAUUACCUUUAUCUAAUUAUUUCUAUACUAAGGCAUUCUCCUUCACGAUUACGAUAAGGCAAAAGUCCAUAUUCACCUUGACCUUAUCUCCAUUUUCCAUACUCCUGAGAAAAAUACGUAUCCAAAGACUGGGCAAUUACCUCCAUACGACCGACUGAACUCUAAAGAGCUUCAUUUUUAAUCCCGUAUUCGAGUACUUAAUAGUUAGAUAUCUGAGGCCCGUAUUACGAAACUACCCUUGAUUCAGGUUUGGGUCUGAUCGAUUGGGUAAAAUUAUCAAGACAGACCUUCAUAAGUAUAGUUUUGUGGGCGUCGUUUUAUAGUACGGGCUCGAAAGUCAAUUACCAAAUCCAUCCUCCCGCACACGCAACGUUGGUGUACAUUCGUAAAUAAGAUCUUGAGUAUUUAUCAAUCUAUCUAUUGAGCAUUUUACUCAUCUUUAAAUAUAUUUCGGUAAAAUAAUUGGAUCAGUAUUUGAUAAUAGUUUUGAUUAAACCUCCAAUUUCAAGUUGAGUCGUUUAGAUAUCAUUUUGAAAGAAAUCACGUUGCCCUCGUAAGCCAAAAAAUAGUAUGUCGAUAGAAAUUUUGUAACCCUUGUUGGCUUAUGAGUGUGCAUUACUAAGUCUAGAAAAAUGGCCCCUUUUUGCUAAAUGAGGGGGGUUAUCAUUACCCUAAUUGUAUGCGUCAGUACUUAAUUGUAACAAAUUUUGAAAUCAUGAAUACAAAUUGAUAUUUUUAAAAUAAAUUCACUUUCCAAAGCACAUUGCCAAAUCAGCUGUGCUGUCAUGGGUAGGAAAGUGUUCUAUUAGUUGCAUUCGUAAUUAAUUUAUAGAUUAUUAAAGAAAAACAUAAUUAAGCACACCACAUGUGAUUUAAUUGACUUUUAUGUAGAUUCGAUUACUCAACUUUUAACUUUACGUAAUUUUUGCCAAAUAAUUUCAAACCGUAAAAUUAGUUGGGGCCUCAAGGUUUUUCUUUAUUCCAAUAUUUUAACAUUACUUAAUGUAUUAUUAUUUCUCAUAAUACCAAUUCAUAGAUAAGUCGAUCGAGCACAAAUUUAGAUUUAGAUAGGAAUUUAUAAACUCCCAUUUAGAAUGAACCUAAGAAUAUCAGUCACCUGUAAACAAGCGUUUGCAAUUUGCCAUGCUUAUCAUAGUUUAGUGUAUAAGGAUUUUAUCCCAGUCUAAUAAUAUACAUAAUUACUAUUCUCUCUAUUAUCACUGUAUUUUAUAGUUCCUUUACAUUCGCCUUGUUUUAUUGUAUCUGUUGUAUUGUAUUAAAAUAAGAAUUGUAUAAAAUUAUGAUUUAUGAAUAAUAAAUUGACAAUUCAAACCACUUAGAAACAUUAUAAUGUGAGAAUUAUCCCAAAAUAUUGUUGAAUUUUCGUGUUAUAUUGAAAUGCGUUUUUUGAGAAUCGACAACAAUACAGGGUGUGAAAAAAUUGAAACAGAAUGCUCAACCAAGCUAAGUGACUAAAACCCCAAUGAAACAUUCGUAAUUUUUUUUAACACACUGAAUGAUGUUAUACAUUGAGCACUUAAUAAAAGAAUAAAAAUAUACUUAUUAUACUUAUAUUCUUUCAUACCCUGUAGUAUACAUAAUGGACAUUUUUAAAAUUGACUUUAUUGUUAUUUGGUGAGCACAAAAUGACCUCAUGUAUUGAAAUAAUGACGGCGUCGAAUUUUAUAUUAUAAAAUUAUGAUACAAGCGAGUUGAUCGCGCAAUAAACGAAUAUGCCUAUUUUGUGUCGACGAAAAUAACAAAAUUGAAACAAAACGUACUAUUAUUUAUCAGUAUCGUAUCUAGCAACGUAUGAAGAUGUGUUAGGUUAGUUAGUCGAUUCAUAAGUAACUUUUUUUGUGUGAACAAAUUUUAUUUGCAGAGUUAUUGACUGUUUUAUUUAUUUUGUUAAUCGUCGAUAAACGCUUAUUUUCACGUACAAAAAUAGAUUUAUUUAGUAAUUCAUUUUACCGCAGAAAUGAAGUGCCUACGUAACGCACAUUUAGUACUUUCAUAUUUAUAAUGAAGCGAUUAAUUGUUUAACCAUGUGACUAUUAUUUUUUUCGAAAUAUUCUAAUUACAUAAGUACGUAAUCACUUCUUUUUGUGGUAGAAAUAAAUAUACUGUGACUACAUGACACAAUCGUUUGUUUGUAUACUCCACUCAUUCCAUAACUUAUUAUUAUUUAUGGUUGCAUAAACUCAGUGGCGGCGUAGCAUGGGUUGGCACCCGGGGCGACUUGUGUCACCCCCUGAUGCUUGGCACCCGGGGCGGACCGCCCCCACCGCCCCCCCUUACGCCGCUAGUGCAUAAACUUAUGUAUUCGGGGAUGGUGAAUAAGUUUUGAUUAAUGUUUUAUAUUCUUUAUAAUAGUGACGUCUAUGUUAAAGUUCGUAUUCUGAAAAGACUAUCAAAAAUCUAUUUAAACUGUAACAAAGUGUUUGAUUGGCUUAAUUUCAAUAUUCAGACCAAUCUACUAGUAGAGAUAUUUUUAAUUUUGUUUUUAUUAUUUUAUACUUUUCUAAACGCGAAAUCGAAAUGUCUGUCAGUGAUAAUAAUAAAAUGUGAUAACAAUAAUCACGACAAAAUCUGAAUAUUGUUUCCUUUUGCUUAACAGACGCCGCACUAUGGAGCGAAAUUGCGAUUUAUGGACAUAGCUAUUUUUUUCACAAUUUCUAUUUGAAAAAAAUACCUAUCGAUAGGUUACGUUAUUCUGAUGAAUAAAUGCUGCACAAGUUUUUCUCUAAAACCAAUAGUUUGACUGGAAAAAAAUAUUUUCCAUUUUCGUUGUAUGGAAUGAAACAUAAAGUGGUCGAUUUCGACUAAGCCUUGACAGAUCUUGCUUUGAAACUACUUGAGCCUUGUUCUAUGGCUUGUUGACUGUAAUCCUACGCUAUCAGCGCGCAUCCAAAGUUGCCCGUUCACAAGUUAUGAGGUUCUGAAAAAUUAAAAAAAAGUAAGU